AUGCCCAGCUCGGAAGUGCUCUUACGCCAAUGGAACCGCGCCGUCCGGAGCUGCACCGCCGAUGGCCGACACGCCGACGCGCUGGCGGCGCUCGGCCACCUGCGGCGCGCCGGCGCGCGCCCAGACUGCUACGCCGCCGCCGCCGCCGCCAAGUCCUGCGGAGCGCUCUCGGCAGUCCCGCUGGGGAGGUCCCUUCACGGGUUCCUCACCAGAGCGGCUCUUUCCUCCUCCCCCGCCGUCGCCAAGGGCCUCACGGACAUGUACUUCAGGCUCGGCCUCCUCCAUGAUUCUCUGCAGAUGUUCUCUCUCAUCUCCCCUCGCGACGCCGCCGCAUGGAACAUCCUCCUCUCUGGCCACUCGAGGCUCCGCCUGCUAUCGGAGGUGACGAGCCUCUUCGGCUCCAUGCACGCCGGCGGCGGCGACCCCAACUCCAUCACCGUCGCCGUCGUCCUCUCCGUCUGCGCGAAGCUUGGGGAUCUCACCGGCGGCCGAGUGGUGCACGGCUACGUCGUCAAGAAGGGCCUGGCGGCGGAGACCUUGGCCGGGAACGCUCUGGUUUCCAUGUAUGCCAAGUGCGGCCUCGUCGCCGCCGAUGCUGCCGUAGCCUUCCGGGAGAUCGCCGUCAAGGACAUCAUCUCCUGGAACUCCAUGAUCGCAGGCUCCGUCGAGGGAGGGCUCGUCGGAGAGGCCUUCGUCCUGCUCCGUCAGAUGGUGGCUUCUGGUUUCGAGCCCAAUUGCGCCACCCUGGUCACCGUCCUUCCCGUCUGCUGCGCGUCUCUGGAGCGAGGGCGGCUAUGGGGGAAGGAGCUCCAUGGCCGGGUUGUGACGUCCGGGAUGGAGAAGGAGGUCACCUCCGUCUGCAAUGCCCUCAUGGCCUUCUACGCGAGGAUCGGGGAUUCGCCGGCGAUGGAGCUCGUCUUCCGGAGGAUGAAGAAGAGCUCGGUGGAUCUCGUCUCCUGGAACACGGCGAUCGGCGGGUGCGCCAUGAACGGACGGCCUGCGAGGGCUCUAGAGCUCUUCCACGAGCUGCUCUCCUCUCCUGUUGGGUUGGAGCCCGACGCCGCCACCCUCGUCACCGUCCUCCCCGCCUGCGCUCAGCUCGGAGACGUCGCAGAGGGGAGGAAGAUCCAUCGCCUCGUCCUCCUCGGGGCUGGUGGGCUCUACGAGGAGACCUCCGUGGGGAACGCGCUCUUGAGUUUCUACAGCAGGUGCGGCCUCCUCGCCGACGCCGCUCGGGUCUUCUCCCAGAUCCAAGACAGGGACUUGGUCUCAUGGAACGCCAUGCUGGGCUGCUACGCCGGCGCCGGCGACGAAGGAGGGCUCCUCGCCGCCCUCCACGGGAUGCGUCGGGAGGGCUUCAGGCCCGACUCUGUGACCGUCCUGACCCUUCUCCAGGGCUGCUCCGCCACCGCCACCGCCACCGCCGGCGCCGCAGGCGGCGCCGCCGGGAAGCGGGACAGGGAGCUUCACGGCUUCUCCAUUCGAGUCGGCUUCAUCGACAGACCCGCCGUCGGGAACGCCAUCGCCGACGUGUACUCCCGGUGCGGGCCCCUGGAGUACGCCGUCAGGGUCUGCAGGAACCACCCGGGGAGGAACGUCAUCUCCGGCAGGACGAUGAUCUCCGUCUUCAUGAAGCACGGCUCUCUCGAGGAUGCCCAGAAGAUCUUCAACGAGGAAGAAGACGAGGAGGAAAAAGGUGAAGGAGAAGGAGAAGGAGAAGGAGAAAGAGAAGGAGAAAGAGGAGGCAUCCAGUCAUGGAACCUGAUGAUCCAGGGUUAUGCUCAGAACGGCCUCCCGCACCAGGCCAUCGCCAUGUUCCUCGAGCUCCACCGUCGACCCAUGAAGCCCAACGCCGUCACCGUCAUGAGCGUCCUCCUGGCCUGCUCCCGCCUGGCAUCGAUCCAGCUCGUGAGGCAGUGCCAUGGCUACGCCGCACGAGCUCUGGUCUCCGACGACGACACCCACCUGGAAGGAGCUCUCUUGGACGCCUACUGCAAGUGCGGGGGCGUACAGGUCGCCCAGAAGAUCUUCCAGAUAAGCUCCGGCAAGGAUCACGUCAGUUACACCGCCAUGGCAGGAGGCUACGCCAUGAGCGGCAUGGCAGGGGAGGCUCUCGCCAUCUUCCGGGAGAUGCUGGAAUCGGGCAUCAGGCCAGACCAUGUCACGGUCACCAUCCUCCUCUCCGCCUGCAGCCAUGGCGGGCUCCUGCGAGAAGGACUGGAGCUCUUCCUCCUGGCCACUGGCAAGGUCCUCGCCGGCGAGCCCACCAUCGAGAACUACUCCUGCGUCGUUGACCUCUUCGCCAGAGCAGGGCGGCUGCGAGAAGCUUACGAGUUCAUCCGGCGGCUUCCCCGCGAGGCGAACGCGAGCUUGUGGGGGACGCUGCUCGGUGCUUGCAGAAUCCAUGGCGAGGUGGAGAUCGGGCGGCUGGCGGCGGACCGUCUGUUUGCUGUAGAGAGAGAAAAUGUCGGAAACUACGUGGUCAUGUCGAACAUCUACGCCGCGGAGGAGAGGUGGGAUGCGGUGGAGCGGGUGAGAGGCCUGGUGAAGGCGAGGGAGCUGAGGAAGCCCCCCGGGUGCAGCUGGAUCGAGGUGGGGAAGUCAAUGCACAUGUUCGUGGCCGACGACUUGUCUCAUCCGGAGAGAUCGCGCGUUUACCGGACGUUGAAGAUCUUGAAUCUGCAGAUUAAAGAGCCGCCUGGUCCGAACGAGGCUGUGCUGGACUGGUGCGGAUGA